UGGAGGUGGAUAUCUUCUUACAUCAUAAGAAUUAUAAGAGCUCUGAGAGCCUACUUUGAUGAUAUAAUGGAUGAACCUUCUUCCUUGGCCAAGCCUUUGGAGCUGAACCAGCACUCUCGAUUCAUAAUUGGCUCUGUGUCCGAAGAUAAUUCUGAGGAUGAGAUCAGCAACUUGGUGAAACUGGAUCUGUUGGAGGAGAAAGAAGGAUCUUUGUCACCAGCUUCUGUCAGCUCAGAUACUCUCUCUGACUUGGGACUCCCAAGCCUACAAGAUGGCUUGGCCUUACACAUGAGGUCCAGCAUGUCUGGCUUACAUCUGGUGAAGCAAGGCCGAGACCGGAAGAAGAUAGACUCCCAGAGAGAUUUCACUGUUGCUUCUCCAGCAGAGUUUGUUACUCGUUUUGGGGGAAAUAAAGUGAUUGAGAAGGUUCUCAUCGCCAACAAUGGCAUUGCUGCAGUGAAAUGCAUGAGAUCCAUCCGAAGGUGGUCUUAUGAGAUGUUUCGAAAUGAACGUGCAAUCCGUUUUGUUGUCAUGGUGACACCUGAAGAUCUUAAAGCAAAUGCAGAGUACAUUAAGAUGGCAGAUCACUAUGUACCAGUGCCUGGAGGACCAAACAACAACAACUAUGCAAAUGUGGAAUUAAUUCUUGAUAUUGCCAAAAGGAUUCCAGUGCAAGCAGUGUGGGCUGGAUGGGGCCAUGCCUCUGAAAACCCCAAGCUUCCAGAGCUCCUCUUAAAGAAUGGCAUUGCCUUUAUGGGCCCUCCAAGCCAAGCCAUGUGGGCUCUGGGGGAUAAGAUUGCCUCUUCCAUAGUGGCUCAAACGGCAGGUAUCCCAACUCUUCCCUGGAGUGGCAGUGGUCUUCGGGUGGACUGGCAAGAGAAUGAUUUUUCAAAACGCAUUUUGAAUGUUCCCCAGGAUCUGUAUGAGAAAGGUUAUGUGAAGGAUGUAGAUGCUGGGUUGCAGGCAGCUGAGGAAGUUGGUUAUCCAGUUAUGAUCAAGGCCUCAGAAGGAGGAGGAGGGAAGGGAAUCAGAAAAGUUAACCAUGCUGAUGACUUCCCUAACCUCUUCAGACAGGUUCAGGCUGAAGUCCCUGGCUCCCCUAUCUUUGUGAUGAGACUAGCUAAACAGUCUCGUCACUUGGAGGUACAGAUCUUAGCAGAUCAGUAUGGAAAUGCAAUUUCAUUGUUCGGACGUGAUUGCUCUGUGCAGAGAAGACACCAGAAGAUCAUAGAAGAGGCUCCUGCCACCAUUGCAACUCCAGUGGUAUUUGAGCAUAUGGAACAGUGUGCUGUGAAGCUUGCCAAGAUGGUAGGUUAUGUCAGUGCUGGGACUGUGGAGUACCUCUACAGCCAGGAUGGCAGCUUCUACUUCUUGGAGCUGAAUCCGCGGCUGCAGGUGGAGCACCCUUGUACAGAGAUGGUGGCCGAUGUCAACCUUCCAGCGGCACAACUCCAGAUUGCCAUGGGGAUUCCUCUGUACAGAAUUAAGGAUAUUCGAAUGAUGUAUGGGGUCUCCCCUUGGGGAGAUGUCCCCAUUGAUUUUGAAAACUCUGCUCAUGUUCCCUGCCCCAGGGGUCACGUCAUUGCUGCUCGGAUCACUAGUGAGAAUCCUGAUGAGGGUUUUAAGCCCAGUUCAGGAACAGUCCAGGAACUGAACUUCCGCAGUAAUAAAAAUGUCUGGGGCUAUUUCAGUGUUGCUGCUGCAGGUGGACUUCAUGAGUUUGCAGAUUCUCAGUUUGGUCACUGCUUCUCCUGGGGAGAAAACCGAGAGGAAGCCAUUUCAAACAUGGUGGUGGCUUUGAAGGAGCUUUCUAUCCGGGGAGACUUUCGUACUACUGUCGAGUACCUGAUCAAGCUACUGGAGACAGAGAGCUUCCAGCAGAACCGCAUAGAUACUGGCUGGCUGGACAGGCUGAUUGCUGAGAAAGUCCAGGCAGAACGUCCUGAUACCAUGUUGGGGGUUGUAUGUGGGGCUCUUCAUGUGGCAGAUGUGAGCCUUCGGAAUAGUGUCUCCAAUUUCCUUCACUCUUUAGAAAGGGGUCAAGUCCUUCCUGCUCACACACUUCUGAACACAGUUGAUGUUGAACUUAUCUAUGAAGGGGCCAAAUAUGUGCUGAAGGUGACUCGGCAGUCUCCUAACUCCUACGUGGUGAUUAUGAACGGCUCUUGUGUGGAGGUGGAUGUGCAUCGUCUGAGUGAUGGAGGAUUACUUUUGUCCUAUGAUGGUAGCAGCUAUACAACAUACAUGAAGGAAGAAGUGGAUCGAUACCGUAUCACAAUUGGCAACAAGACCUGUGUAUUUGAGAAGGAGAAUGACCCAUCUGUACUCCGUUCACCUUCUGCUGGAAAGUUAAUCCAGUACAUUGUGGAGGAUGGAGGCCAUGUGUUUGCUGGCCAGUGCUAUGCUGAGAUUGAGGUGAUGAAGAUGGUGAUGACUUUAGUAUCAGUUGAGUCUGGUUGUAUCCACUAUGUCAAGCGGCCUGGAGCAGCCCUUGACCCUGGCUGUGUGAUUGCCAAACUGCAGCUGGAUAACCCCAGCAAAGUUCAACAGGCUGAGCUACAUACUGGAAGUUUGCCAAGGAUCCAGAGUACAGCACUCAGAGGCGAAAAGCUUCAUCGGGUCUUCCAUUAUGUCCUGGAUAACCUGGUCAAUGUAAUGAAUGGAUACUGCCUUCCAGACCCUUUCUUUAACAGCAAGGUAAAAGAUUGGGUGGAGAGAUUGAUGAAAACCCUCAGAGACCCCUCCCUGCCUCUCCUAGAAUUGCAGGACAUUAUGACCAGUGUUUCUGGCCGGAUACCACCUAAUGUGGAGAAGUCCAUCAAGAAGGAAAUGGCCCAGUAUGCCAGCAAUAUCACAUCUGUCCUUUGCCAGUUUCCCAGCCAGCAGAUCGCCAAUAUCUUAGACAGUCAUGCAGCUACAUUGAACCGGAAGUCUGAACGUGAAGUCUUCUUCAUGAACACUCAGAGCAUUGUGCAGCUGGUGCAAAGAUACCGAAGUGGCAUCCGAGGGCACAUGAAGGCUGUUGUGAUGGAUCUCCUCCGACAGUACCUGCGGGUGGAGACUCAGUUCCAGAAUGGUCACUACGAUAAGUGUGUCUUUGCUCUUCGGGAAGAGAAUAAAAGUGAUAUGAAUACUGUGCUGAACUAUAUAUUCUCCCAUGCUCAGGUCACCAAGAAGAACCUUCUGGUCACUAUGCUUAUUGAUCAGUUGUGUGGCCGGGAUCCCACCCUCACUGAUGAGCUGCUGAACAUCCUUACAGAGCUGACUCAGCUCAGCAAAACCACCAAUGCUAAAGUGGCACUUAGAGCCCGGCAGGUUCUUAUUGCCUCCCAUUUGCCAUCCUAUGAACUUCGCCAUAACCAAGUAGAGUCUAUUUUCCUAUCAGCUAUCGACAUGUAUGGACAUCAGUUUUGCAUUGAGAACCUUCAGAAACUUAUCUUGUCUGAAACAUCCAUUUUUGAUGUCCUUCCGAACUUCUUCUAUCAUAGCAACCAAGUGGUGAGAAUGGCAGCUCUAGAGGUUUAUGUGCGAAGGGCUUACAUUGCCUAUGAACUCAACAGUGUUCAGCAUCGACAAUUGAAGGACAAUACCUGUGUGGUAGAGUUCCAGUUCAUGCUGCCCACGUCUCAUCCAAACAGAGGGAACAUCCCCACGCUAAACAGAAUGUCCUUCUCCUCCAACCUCAACCACUAUGGCAUGGCUCACGUAGCUAGUGUCAGCGAUGUGCUACUGGACAACUCGUUCACUCCACCAUGUCAGAGGAUGGGCGGGAUGGUUUCUUUUCGGACCUUUGAAGACUUUGUCAGAAUUUUUGAUGAAGUAAUGGGCUGCUUCUGUGACUCCCCGCCCCAAAGCCCUACAUUCCCUGAGGCUGGCCACACACUGUAUGAUGAAGAUAAGGCUGCCAGGGACGAACCAAUUCACAUCCUGAACGUGGCCAUCAAAACUGACUGUGACAUUGAGGAUGACAGACUAGCAGCCAUGUUUAGAGACUUUACUCAGCAAAAUAAAGCUGCUCUUGUCGAACAUGGGAUCCGGAGGCUUACUUUCCUGGUUGCACAAAAGGAUUUCAGAAAACAGGUCAACUAUGAGGUGGAUCAAAGAUUUCAUAGAGAGUUUCCUAAAUUUUUCACAUUCCGAGCAAGAGAUAAGUUUGAGGAAGAUCGUAUCUAUCGUCACUUGGAGCCUGCCCUGGCUUUCCAGCUGGAGCUGAACCGAAUGCGGAAUUUUGACCUCACUGCAAUUCCAUGUGCCAACCAUAAGAUGCAUUUAUACCUUGGGGCAGCCAAAGUGGAAGUGGGCACUGAAGUAACAGACUACAGAUUCUUUGUGAGGGCAAUCAUCAGGCAUUCUGAUCUGGUCACCAAGGAAGCCUCUUUUGAGUAUCUCCAAAAUGAGGGAGAACGUCUGCUCCUGGAAGCCAUGGAUGAGUUGGAGGUUGCUUUUAACAAUACCAAUGUCAGAACUGAUUGCAACCAUAUUUUCCUCAACUUCGUGCCCACCGUUAUCAUGGACCCAUCAAAGAUUGAGGAGUCCGUGAGGAGCAUGGUGAUGCGCUAUGGAAGCCGCCUAUGGAAACUCCGAGUCCUCCAAGCAGAGCUGAAAAUUAACAUCCGCUUAACACCAACUGGAAAAGCAAUUCCCAUCCGCCUCUUCCUGACCAAUGAGUCUGGCUAUUACUUGGAUAUCAGUCUAUAUAAGGAAGUAACUGACUCCAGGACAGCACAGAUCAUGUUCCAGGCAUAUGGAGACAAACAGGGGCCUUUGCAUGGGAUGUUGAUCAAUACUCCUUAUGUGACCAAAGACCUACUGCAAUCCAAGAGGUUCCAGGCACAAACCUUAGGGACAACAUAUAUUUAUGAUAUUCCAGAGAUGUUCCGACAGUCUCUGAUCAAACUCUGGGAAUUGAUGUCAGCCCAAGCAUUCCUGCCAACCCCACCACUGCCUUCUGAUAUGUUAACUUACACUGAGCUGGUGUUGGAUGAUCAAGGUCAGCUGGUACACAUGAACAGGCUUCCAGGAGGAAAUGAGAUUGGCAUGGUAGCUUGGAAAAUGACUCUCAAGAGUCCUGAGUACCCAGAAGGUCGAGAUAUCAUUGUUAUAGGAAAUGACAUCACCUAUCGAAUUGGGUCCUUUGGACCUCAAGAAGAUGUGCUAUUUCUUAGAGCUUCUGAGCUUGCCAGGGCGGAAGGUAUCCCUCGAAUCUAUGUGGCAGCUAACAGCGGAGCAAGAAUUGGGUUGGCUGAGGAAAUACGCCACAUGUUCCAUGUGGCCUGGGUGGAUCCUGAUGAUCCUUACAAGGGAUACAAAUAUUUAUAUCUGACUCCUCAAGAUUAUAAGAGGGUCAGCGCUCUGAACUCUGUUCACUGUGAGCAUGUGGAGGAUGAAGGAGAAUCCAGGUACAAGAUAACAGAUAUUAUUGGGAAGGAAGAAGGACUUGGAGCUGAGAACCUCAGGGGUUCUGGGAUGAUUGCUGGAGAAUCCUCAUUGGCAUAUGAUGAAAUCAUCACCAUCAGCCUGGUAUCUUGCCGGGCCAUUGGAAUUGGAGCUUACCUAGUCCGGUUAGGGCAGAGAACCAUCCAGGUUGAGAACUCACAUUUGAUUCUGACAGGAGCUGCAGCCCUCAACAAAGUGCUUGGACGGGAAGUAUAUACAUCUAAUAACCAGCUUGGGGGCAUCCAAAUUAUGCACAACAAUGGAGUGACACACAGUACUGUCUGUGAUGACUUUGAAGGGGUUCUUACAGUCCUACACUGGCUGUCUUAUAUGCCCAAGAAUGUGCAUAGUCCAGUUCCUCUCCUUAACUCCAAGGAUCCCAUUGAUAGAAUCAUAGAAUUUGUUCCUACAAAGGCUCCCUAUGAUCCCCGCUGGAUGCUGGCAGGACGUCCUCACCCAACCCAGAAAGGUCAGUGGCUUAGUGGAUUCUUUGACUAUGGCUCCUUCUCCGAGAUCAUGCAGCCUUGGGCACAGACAGUUGUGGUUGGUAGAGCCCGGCUAGGUGGAAUACCUGUAGGAGUUGUUGCCGUAGAAACCAGAACGGUAGAGCUCAGUAUCCCAGCUGAUCCCGCCAACCUGGACUCUGAGGCCAAGAUCAUUCAACAGGCAGGACAGGUUUGGUUUCCAGACUCUGCUUUUAAGACCUAUCAAGCUAUCAAGGACUUCAACCGAGAGGGGCUUCCUCUCAUGGUCUUUGCCAAUUGGAGAGGCUUCUCUGGUGGAAUGAAAGACAUGUAUGACCAGGUCUUGAAGUUUGGAGCUUACAUUGUGGAUGGUUUGCGUGAAUGCUCUCAACCUGUGAUGGUUUAUAUCCCUCCCCAGGCUGAGCUCCGGGGAGGGUCCUGGGUUGUGAUUGAUCCCACCAUUAACCCCCGGCACAUGGAAAUGUAUGCUGACCGGGAAAGCAGAGGAUCUGUUCUGGAGCCAGAGGGGACAGUAGAAAUCAAAUUCCGCAGAAAGGAUUUGGUGAAAACUAUGCGUCGAGUGGACCCAGUCUACAUCCGCCUGGCCGAGCGAUUGGGCACCCCAGAGCUAAGCCCAGCUGAGCGGAAGGAGUUGGAGAGCAAACUGAAGGAACGGGAGGAAUUCCUCAUUCCCAUUUACCACCAGGUAGCUGUGCAGUUUGCUGACUUGCAUGACACACCAGGCCGGAUGCAGGAGAAGGGUGUCAUUAAUGACAUUCUAGAUUGGAAAACAUCUCGUACCUUCUUCUACUGGCGCCUCAGGCGGCUGCUGUUGGAGGACUUGGUGAAGAAGAAGAUCCACACUGCCAACCCAGAGCUGACAGAUGGGCAGAUCCAAGCCAUGCUGAGGCGCUGGUUUGUGGAAGUGGAGGGAACAGUGAAGGCCUAUGUCUGGGACAACAACAAGGACCUGGUAGAGUGGCUGGAGAAGCAGCUGACAGAAGAAGAUGGUGUCCGCUCGGUGGUUGAUGAAAACAUCAAGUACAUUUCAAGAGAUUACAUCCUCAAGCAGAUCCGAAGCUUGGUGCAGGCCAACCCCGAAGUUGCCAUGGAUUCCAUCGUCCAUAUGACCCAGCACAUCUCACCCACUCAGCGGGCAGAAGUGGUUCGGAUUCUCUCCACAAUGGACUCUCCUUCAACGUAGGAAAGGCUUCCUGCCCUGCCCUGCCCCUGUCUCUAUACAGUAGAAAGGGCCAGAGCUGCCUUUUGUGACUCAACUAUGACCACUGCCUUGAGCACAGAGAACAGCCGCAGCACUGGAAUGGAAGGGGCUUUUUCUCUCCCCUUGGACCUUGUCUGGUUACAUGGGACAUGCUGGGGAAAACCCGUGGUUACCUACAGCAUUUAUUUAACACAGAUAGGAAUGCCACCCUCUCCAGCCACAUGAGAUGUGAGAAGACAAUGAAGGGUAUGAAUUCAUACCGUGAGGUCUUACUGAAAUGAAGACAAAGUGACCAUUCCCUCACUGACCCAAAACCAGCCCUCCCCCACUCCUCAUUUUCUGGCAGAGUUCAAGGCAGUCAGAGGCCCAGCUUCCCCCCUCCUCCAGCUCUAUGAGCCUGUUCCCUCAGCUAGCAGUAGAGGGCUGGGGAGGGUGUGAGGCCAAUGGUGCAAGCAGCAAGCUUUGGGAAAAGAAGAAAGCCCUUUCCCAGAAGAUCUCAACCCAUUUGUCCCGCAGGCCCUGGAAUUGGGGGGGAGUGUCAUCCCCAGCUAAAGGGCACCAAGACACUUGUUUAACAAGUAAUCAGUGGAGCUCAAAAACUAAAUGUGUUCUU